AUGCAGCAGGAUAUUUCGAAGGAAGGCGGGCCAUCGGUCAUUGAUGAGAAGAAUAAAAACUAUAUUUCGAAUCAAGAAAAUGUUGUAGAAUCUGGGGCAUCUCAAGAAGACUAUUCGAACAGUAGUUAUCCCAAGAGUGGUUCUAAAUGGAAGGAUUUUAAGGAUUCGUUUAAGAGAAUGGAUUCAGUUGAUCUGGAUCCAAACUUGACGGAUGCUCAAAAAAUUGCGAUUUUAACUUCCCAAUCUCCAUUGCAAAGAAAGUUAAAAAAUCGACAUUUGCAAAUGAUUGCAAUUGGAGGUGCAAUUGGAACAGGUCUGUUUAUCGGUUCCAGUAAGGCGCUAAGAACAGCUGGUCCUGCCGGUAUCUUGAUUGGGUGGGGGUUGAUGGCCACCAUGAUCUUGUGUAUGUGUCUGUCGUUGGGAGAGAUGGCUGUGACGUUCCCUGUGUCAGGUGGGUACACGACAUACGCUACGAGGUUUAUCGACGAGUCUUAUGGGUUUGCUAACAAUAUAAAUUAUAUGAUGCAAGCGUUAGUUGUGCUGCCGUUGGAGAUUGUAGCUGCGUCAAUUACCGUGGAUUACUGGGGUCCCAAGAGUCAAUACAGAGCAGCUUUCGUUGCUCUUUUUUGGUUAUGCAUUGUUUCAAUUAAUAUGUUUGGUGUUAAAGGCUAUGGUGAAGCGGAGUUUGUCUUUUCAUUGAUUAAGGUUGUCACUGUUAUUGGGUUUAUCAUUUUGGGUGUGAUUUUGGUUUGCGGAGGGGGUCCUACUCAUGAAUAUAUCGGUAGUAAGUUCUGGAGUAACCCUGGUGCGUUUGUUGGUGACACAGCAGGACAAAAGUUCAAGGGUAUAUGUAGUGUGUUCGUCACAGCUGCAUUUUCUUUUGCAAAUACAGAGUUGGUUGGUCUUGCUGCCGCUGAGACUGAGGAUCCAAGGAAAUCUGUGCCCAAGGCUGCCAAACAAGUGUUUUGGAGAAUUACGCUGUUUUACAUUUUGAGUUUGUUAAUGGUUGGUUUGCUUGUUCCUUAUACGGAUCCUCGUCUGUUGGGAUCUAGUAUUGUUGACGCCGCUGCAUCACCGUUUGUUUUGGCAUUGAAGAAUCAUGGUAUCAAGGGUUUGCCUUCUGUAAUUAAUGUUGUGAUUUUAACUGCCGUUCUAUCUGUUGGUAAUUCCUCUGUAUUUAGUUGCUCUAGGUGUUUGACUGCAUUAUCGGAACAAGGAUUCUUACCAAAUGUGUUCGGCUACAUUGACAGGAAGGGAAGGCCUCUAGUAUCCAUUAUUUUCUCAUCUGCUUUUGGGUUGUUAUGUUUCCUAGCAGUCUCUCAUCAGGUCCAAGAAAUAUUUGACUGGAUGUUGUCAUUGUCUGGAUUGUCCUCCUUGUUUAUAUGGUUGACAAUAUCGCUAUGUCACAUUAGAUUCAGGAAAGCCCUUUCCGCUCAAAACAGAAGUAUAGACGAAUUAGCAUUUGCAUCUCCAAUCGGUAUUUGGGGUUCCUAUUAUUCUGUAUUUUUGAUCAUUGUGGUAUUAAUUCUUCAGUUCUGGAUUGCCCUUUUCCCAGGUCACCAAAAACCUAGCGCUAGUAACUUCUUCAAAGCAUAUUUGUCGAUGCCAAUCGCCGUGGCUAUGUAUCUGGGCCAUAAAAUCUACACCAAAAACUGGAAACUGUUAAUAGACCCUAAAUAUAUGGACAUUGAUACAGGUAGAAGGGAACUGGAUAUAGAGCUGUUCAAACAAGAAUUACUCGAACAGAAUGCUAUAAUGGCGAAAAAGCCGUUCAUCUACAGGGUCUACAAUUUCUGGUGUUAG